CAGCGACAGCAGAAGGCCGAAAAACUGGCAGAGGCGAAUCGGCAAGCCGCUCGAGAUACACGGAGAUACCUCAGCAGGAAAGAGACCACGGAGAAGAAGGACGAAUACAAAUCAGGUAAAGAACUAGUGGAAAAGGCAACUCGUAGUCGAACAGGACAAGUUGGUAAAAUUCAAAACAAUGAGAAAGGUACAGGAGACGAUGGAUUCGGAGAUCGCGGCGUUGAUGCGGGAAACACAAUGCUCGUGGCGGAAGAUGGAAAGUCCGCCCUUUAUAUCAGAGAAAGCGAAAGAGAAAAAGAAGAGCUCCAGCGGCAGAAGCAAAUCUCGACCUCCGUCGAGGCCGAGGAUCAUGCAAUCGCCACUAGAAGUACAGGAUCGAUUCAAAGCAGCGAUGCCGCCUCGUCAGAUAUGAGCAGUAAGAUCAAGCUGAUCAUCCAGGAACGCGAAAAGAACGACACUCUACAAGCGCAAGCAGGAGCUGCAGGACAAACAAGCUCUAGUCUUUUACAGAGAGCAGGGAACAAGCUAGAGCUAAUGCGACGAGGAAACGAAGAAGCAAAGGAGAAUGAAAACAGUAGAUCAAGUGGUUUUGUAAUGUCCGCUGGACGACGAGAAUCAGCGUGUUCAAACUCUUCAUCCUCCUGCUCAUCUGCAGCCAACCUCGAUGUUGGCAACGAGACUGCCGACGGCGGUGUCAGAAAAGUCUUCGAAACAGCACAACGCUCUCCGCAUCAAGCCUCGCUAAGCAUUUACAAUACUAGAAGCCAAUUGCGAGAGCAGGAUGUAGAUAAGACUCGUCGCAUCGAAGGACAUGGGCAGGGACGAGAGGACACGAGAGCAUCGGCAUUCUCACAAACAAACCCUCUAACCGUAAUGAAAACGACAACCUUCGAAGCUGAGGAGCAAAACUUGCCGACUUUUUCUGCAGCAUCCUGGCGAAGUGCAGAUCACAUCUUGAACGACCGCCUUUCUUCGGAUCCAAGAGAAUUUGUAGAGAUUGACGCAACUGAAAAUGCCAGUUCAAGGCAAGAAUCGACAGGAGAUGUGGAAGCCGAUUCCUCUUCAACUUCGUCGCAGCCCGAGGAUAGAUUCGGCCCACAGUACCAAUCAUUGAGUCAGCGCAUUGCCGCGCGUUUAUCCAGUGUCGUUCCUGGACGCUUAUUCAGCACGCACACCUCGAGCACCAGGCACGUCCUAUCGAAGCGGAAGUCGGGGUUGACAGAAUUGACGAACAUGGCCUCGAUGCAUACACUGCAUAUGAUCCAGAAGAGCUACGAGGGGCUAGAUCCAGAGACCUAUGUACUUGAUGUUGUUCUAGACGGCGCCGCUUGUGUAUGUUCUAGUACUGAUGUAAUUUUUCUACCUCUUCUUCCUCUUCUACGCUUCAGUUUUAUAAAGGAGACAACGCGACACGACUUAAACUUAACUUCUCUUCAGACGAAUAUUAAUUAUGUUGAAUGUGAUGUUCUGCGGUUCGAGAUCAACAAAGGGCGGGAAAUUAUGUUCCAUGCCGAGCAUCACCCCUGCCACUCCGACUACAUCACUCAACACACACAGCGGGAGCACCAACGAGCAGAACGACGACAAAUUUUGAUAGAGUGGGUAGCGAUUGUCGCUAUGUUCGGCCUUAUGGCCGCGAUAUUUGUACUGCCAUUUCGCGACGGCAACAUCUUUUAUCUCCCGUGCUGUGGCCAACAGCUACCGACCGAACCAGUAACAAGGUAUUCAUGUAUUUCGUGAAUUUGAUCAUUCUGAUCAAAGAACAAGAAGAUUGUACAUCUUCACUUUCUAUUUCUUGAUUCAUCGAUCAUCCCUUUUUCUUCAGGUGCGCCGGUCGGCCUGGGUUUGGCACUUCAGGAUCUGCCCAAAAGGAAUGUCAGUCACCAUGCCAAGUGCAACCGAACAAAUUUUGCGCGGGAGGGAAGGAUCAUCCGGCGUCGCCAUACUGUUCUUGUGCAUGGGAGACACCUGUUUCCUGCCUUCCCGAUGGCUCCCCGCCACCUGGAGCAAUACAAUGUAUGGCCAGGAGAAAUCCUUUUGAGACUUGAAGUUACAGUAAGAACGAUGUAUGACUACUGGUGACUGUGAGGUUCUGAUGAAGCUGAUGAACUUGAAAAGAGAAUGAUAAUGUUUUCUUCAAGCAAGCUAUCAUCAACAAGCAGUGUUAUUUUCUUAUGGAUGUUCAACGAAGCUUUCGCAUUCGCUCUCUUUCAUUGUCUUGGUGGUAGCAACGGGAUCUGAUGCAGGAUCCUUUGGUGGAGCGAGCUUUUGUCGUAGUUGCGCCGACGGCUGGGCGCCAAACGCGGACCAGACUGCGUGUCUGUAUCCCGCUCUCUGUCCCUCCGGACAGCAGAGUUUUUGCGGUGUCUGCCACACUCCUUUUGUGUCUUCUCUAGUAGAUGACACUGAUUUAUCUACGACACUAUCGGGAGGAACAAAAUUUGGGCUCGCCAUCUUCGCCUGCAGUGUGUGGCUUUUUAUCUGCGGUUCUGUCGCUAUGGAGGGCGAAAAGCUGAUUGCUGAGUUGAAACGAUGGCGUCAGGAGAGGCGAUUAGGAAAGACGAAAGAACAAGAACUUCUAGACGAAGACGAGAUUUUAUCCGAUGUACGAAUUGACGAGCAAGAUGGCUUCAUCAACAAGAGUGGCGGAGCUGCGCAGAGUAGAGGUAGUGUCGACGAAUCCUUUCCCGUGGGCGAGGUGAUUACAACCGACUCAGGUAGAGAAACGGUGCGCAGCAGGGCUUCCUCAGGAGUUUGGUCGCGGUUCAGUACAUGGAGAACAAGGGGCAACCGCGGCGGGAAAAAAGUAGGUUUUCGAGAGCGCAUCAGCUAUGUCUUCACGUUCACCGGGAAAAUUCCCACACUCUUCAGUACUGGAGGCAGGAAGAAGAGCGCGGCAGCGCCAAGAGAUCUACUUGGCGUCAUGCACAUAGAUUCCCGUAGCACUGACGACGGCAUCAAUGAAGACUUACUCGUUGUAAAAACAGACAGUGCUGAGACAAUGCAGGAACACGAGCUAUUGCAGCUGCAGCUCCACGAGCCACCAGCGGGAAGAGAUAGUACUAAUUCGAAUUUGCAAACUCGAAAAACCUUGACGACCUCAACAGCAUCCUCACGAAGAAAGUCAAGCACGGUAUAUAUGCCUUCAGCAAGGCCAACUGUGUUGGCGGAAGCAGAUACUCCAGAAGAGUCGCCGCGCGGAAAUACACAAAACGAGCAAGAGGUAGAAAAAGAAAAGCGAGAACAACAUCUACUUCCAUCCCAACAGCUACCAGUACCACACCAUCGAAUAUCAUCAAAUAAAGGAGGAGCAGUACAAGCAGUAGAACAUGCACAGUCACAGCAUCAACAAGAAGUAGAUCUAGCACUUCAUCCUGUUGCUGCUUCUUCUAGUCGAAGCUCUAGUGCGCCAGCACAGCGAAAAAGUGUAAACCGAAGACGAACUGUUUCGAUGGAUGCACCUGACCAAAAUCAAGUUUCAGUAAAGAAAAUGAAAAGCCGAGAAAAACGAGGCAGUAGAGUAGACCGAGAGAAGAAAGACAAACGCGACAGUGGUUUGUCAAUGGAGAAGGACAUGGAAAUAGCGUGCGAUAUAGCCUUGUCAUCUGUGAUGGACGCUUUUCGAGUGCAGCAGAGCUCGAAGAAGGUUGGGCGGGCGAAAAGUGAAAUCAUCAGAUCACUAGCACUCGGCCCAACAGGUCCUCUGGCCAGGAAUACAGUAUUGACUCUGAAUGCCGGAGCCGGAGUCGGUGGCAGCGGAGAUGCAGCGACUACAGGUAGACGAACACGGACGAGCGUCAGAAGGUCUAGGGCUUCGCAUUUGCUGAUGACUAUGCCUUUUUAGGCGACCAACUUACUAGGCGUUUGUGGGAUAGACUCCAGCGCGAGGGAGAGAGGAAGAAGGCGAAUCAAAAACGCGUUUAUUCGAAAUCAUUCUUGAUAACAAGAGAUGAACGUAGACGUACAAAAAAUGCAAAACAGCUAGGGAAGAAUGGACAACAGCUCAUUCUCAUAACCCGUAAUUUUUCAUACAUAGAGACCCAUUAGUACUAGUCGAUUCAAAAGUUACCACCGCGACUGCCUUGUUUGCCAGCCUUUGACUUUCUGUUUCUGUUUGAGUUUGAAUUUGAUUCGGCAGUCAACUAAAAAAGCCUACUUAGUAAAGUGAUUAUGCUGCGUCAAUCAUGAAUGAACUUCUAAAACAAGCAACAAGAACAAGUGAAGACUAAAGAUAGAACAACAAUGAUUAUGAAAAUAGCAACUAGUAGUUGCGGCCGCUGCUUUUCUAGGUACUCCAGAUUCUGCACAAUAUCUUCCGGAGUAACCGUGGUCACCGUCAUUAUGCGAACAAUUUGUUGACUUGGAAAAAACCGAAGAACGAACUCAGUAGCUAGGAGGUGACAUCCGUUGUAUCCGAAAAUGUAAAUGAACAAAUGGAUCACUGACUUAAGCUCAAGCUCAACCUCGUGCGUGAGGAACGAAUGAACAUUCGCCGUGUGGCCGCAAGAAGUGGCUGCUUUCUUGCCUCGGGCCUUCUUCGCCUC